CCCCAUAACCACACCGCUGCCAUUUUGACAAACGGGAAGAGCUGCGUGUUUGUUUUCAGCGGUCUUAUUUACACCUACAAAUAUUUCACCAUGGCUAUGCAAGCAGCAAAACGCGCUAAUAUAAGAUUACCUCCUGAGGUGAACAGAAUCCUGUACGUCAGGAACCUUCCUUACAAGAUCACAGCUGAGGAAAUGUAUGAUAUCUUUGGGAAAUACGGACCAAUCCGCCAAAUCAGAACAGGGAACACACCUGAAUCAAGAGGAACAGCUUAUGUGGUUUAUGAAGACAUCUUUGACGCCAAGAACGCCUGUGACCAUCUGUCAGGCUUCAAUGUCUGUAACCGUUACCUGGUGGUCCUCUACUACAACGCAAACAGAGCUUUCCAGAAGAUGGACACAAAGAAGAAAGAAGAACAGCUGAAGCUUCUAAAAGAAAAAUACGGCAUCAACACAGACCCUCCAAAGUAGAGUUCUGGAUAAACCCCAUCAGCCUCCACGCCUUCCACCUCCUCUUCAGAAUCUUUCUUUUUCUAUCUGUACAAACCACCAUGUUCCUUGGUCUAUGCUGAUUUUUUUUUUUUUAAUGAUUGUGUUGAAAUGAGGAUAUUAAGUAUUUUUUUGUAUUUCCAUCAUAGGUAAGUUAAGUGUAAACUGGCAGUGUGUGACUUACAUCAGGGCAGGGAGCUGGUGUAUGCCCUGUUUCUCAAAAUUCUCUCGUCUGUUUGAUUCUCAAAACUUUGACAGGCAAAACAAACUUUAAACCAGGAUUUAGAUGGUGUCUGAACAUAGUAUUCAUCCUGAGUAAGAUGUCAUUUUUCACUCUUUUUGUUACUCUUUUCACACACCUACAAUCUUUAAAUUUAGAGCUAACCAUGGCCAAACAGUGUGUGAGAUGAAAUUGAGUUAAUCAGUACCGACUAUGUAAGUAUAUGCUUUCUGUAAAAUAAAUGCUCCUAUUCUUAA